AUGCCCGGAUCCGUUCAGCACGCUUCCAGCGCCUCUGCCUCUCAUGAGGCCGUGCUGUCCAACUACGUACCCCAGCUACAGCAGCUACUACGUACAAUUGUAAUCACACGUUCCGAUUACUCGACUAUAGGUGGUGAACUUGAUUCUCUUGAGGCCCUUGACAACCUCCUAGCCAUCUAUGCGCUCGACAAAAACGCCGGUGCCAACCCAAUUUCCAACGCAACGUAUCAUUAUCAGCGGCCAGAAGCUUUACCAAGUCCGCCAGCCAUGUGCAACAGAUCUCCACAUCCUUCUUCGAGGAGUUCCUGGGCAGGGCGAACAGUAUCAAGCCAUCCCACCUCGUUGAUGAGCUGUGCGACAUUAAAGGCUACUGCGGGAAGCUUCCCGAAGGCCGCCCCUACGACCACUUAA